CUUGUCCUCACGUGCCUCGUCACCGCGUGCAACUGCAGCAACAGCAUUCAUUCCCACGAGUCGCGAAACGACCCUCUCACCGCUGCUCCAGUACCUCACACUCUCACAGACUCACACACGCAGUUCCGUCUUCACACUCCCCCUUCCAGUCCCAUCAGCUGCAUCCGCUGCGCCAUCCCGAUCCUCGAUCCCGCCCGCCCCUCCCAGACUCCCCGUCCGCCAUCCCGGGCGGGGGCCGCGAGAACAUGGCGGUGAGCAACAACAUCACGGCGUGCAUCAACUUCCUGGUCCUCCUCUGCACCAUCCCCAUCGCGGCGACAGGUCUCUGGCUCGCCUCGCGUCACGGCGGGGAGGACUGCCUCAGGCUGUUCCGGUGGCCCGUCGCCAUUCUGGGCGCGCUGCUCCUCCUCGUCGCGCUGGCCGGGUUCGCGGGCGCGUACUGGAACCGGAGGGGCCUGCUGGCCUGCUACCUCUUCGCCAUGGCGGCGCUCGUCACGCUGCUCCUGGCGCUCCUCGUCUUCGCCUUCGCCGUCGUCGCGCACGGCGACGGCGCCUACCACCCCGUCGCCGGCAGCGGCAGGGCAUACGACGACUACCGCCUCCAGGGGUACUCCUCCUGGCUAAGAGGGUACGUCGCCGGCGACGACCCCCGGAGGUGGGACGGCAUCCGGGCUUGCGUCGCCGCGUCGGGCACCUGUAGGAAGCUCGCCGUCGAUAGCUCGUUCAUCGUGCCUGAGCAGUUCUACAUGUCGCACCUCUCGCCCAUCCAGUCCGGGUGCUGCAAGCCGCCGACGGUGUGCGGGUACGCGUACGUGAGCCCGACGGCGUGGACGAGCCCGGCGAACCCGGCGGCGGACGCGGACUGCGCGGCGUGGAGCAACGACCCGGACCAGCUCUGCUACGGCUGCGGCUCCUGCAAGGCCGGCGUGCUGGGGGCGGUGCGCCAGCAGUGGCGCAAGGCCAACGUGGCGCUGCUCGUCGCCACCGUCGCGCUCAUCUUCGUCUACGUCAUCGGAUGCUGCGCCUUCCGCAACGCGCAGACCGAGGACCUCUUCCGACGCUACAAAUGGCGAAACUGAUGCAUGCUUCGAAAAAUCCUCGUCCUACUUCAUCGAUCUGUUCUUCUUCACAUCGAUCGUCUACAAAUGGGUUUUCAUACCUACUAGUAGUAGUAGUGUAGUACCAAGUAAAGCCUGCACGUCGUCGUCGAUCCCUGUGGUGAGUUGGGUGCGAUUAGUAAUGUGGUUAAUUAGUUUUGUAGAAUGAUGAGGACAACUGCUAGAUGUUGUAGUAGGAGUGUAUGUAUGUAUCUAUCUGUGCGAUAAGAUAUCUCAAGCUUCGUUAAAACAUCGACUGCGAUUUCCAUGAGAUGAGAUGUGCCUCCUUUUCAGGCCACGGAAUAUAUAUCUGUGCGUGCUCCGAGA